CUCCUUAUCAUUUACUACCACAGUUCUCAAACGCUUGACUACGACACUACAGGCGUGCGCCGUUAAAAUUGAACAAAAAUGUUUAACCCUUACACUUGUACGUCUCCUCAAUCGGGAGUUGUGUAUUCUAAAUAAACUUUUAUCGCGCAAGCUGAUACAGCCGAAGAGGAUAUAGUCACUAUAAAUAGAGUCAUCAAAUUCAUCAGCGAAAGUUCUGUGGGGGUGUAAAGUAUUCGAGAUACUAGAGGGUGCGCAGAAUCGCGAGCUUGCGGGCUUAUAAGGCAGGGUCGGGAGACUUCCCAUUCACUCUAUUGGGGGCGAGUACCGAGCUAGCCCGUGAAAGGGGAGGCUGAAAGUUUCACAAAUACGGAGUGUUGAGUGCAAGUGCUCAGUGAAAGACAUUAUGAAGUCGUUCGCCUGUUUGACGUUUGUGUUGCUCGCGUGUAAUUGUAUCAACGGCCUGUUUUUGCCGGAAAUGGAGCCGGGCCGAGGUAGGGCGGUCACCCGAGCCCUGUCCCGGUUCACGCGCGCGCGCCGCCUGUCGCAGCCCGCGCACCGCAUCAUCGACCCUACUGAAGACUGUUUCCUGGUGACGUCAGAAGAGGGCGAGUUAUUCUUCAAGUCAGCUGGCGAGGCGACGGUUUGCGGCAUCUACAUGAUAGCGGCAGCGGACCGACGCGUGCAGGCCACCUUCAACUACAUGGACGUGCCGUGCGAGAAUGGGGGACUCGUUGCGUGGAUCGACGGCUGGGAGCUGUCCGGGCAGGUCUGGCCAGCCGACGCGUGGGACGAGGCGCGCGUGGUGGAGACGUGCGGCCGCCGCGCGCCGGGCAAGCUGGUGUCGAGGCAGAACGCCGCCCUCAUCCAGUAUCGAGUACCGGCGAGAGGCAAGGGCUUCUCGGUUACUAUACGCCAUUUGAAGAAUCCUAAACCCUGCAACGUGAUGCUGUUCGGUUCCGAAGGCGUGUUCACACUGCGCAACCACGGCGCGUCGGGUAACUGCUCCGUCGUGGCCGUGGCCCCCACCGUGGUCCGCGUCAUGGACCUCAACGUAGGCCAGGCGGUGAAGCGAGGGACCUCCUUGGAGAUCGAGACUGGGACUAUCCAUCAUUGCUCAAAGCGCGGCCUGACGGACUACGUGGACAUCGGCGGCGCCAGCGGACUGGACCACACCAAGAUGGAGGUGCUCGACAACGUGUGCGGACUGGACUCCAGUGAAGGCCGGCGUCCAGCCUUGAUCGCGUGUGAAGACACAGUGGUGCGGCUGGUGUCCAGUGGGCGCUUCCACAACUCCGUCACCCUGGCUUUCUCUUCCCUCAACCCGGAAGACAUUGAGCAAGCCGACCUCCUCUGUGGAAUGAACGACCUGUAAACGGAACUUAGAAGCAUACUUACUGUUCUUGAUUGUACACCGUCGAACACAGAUUCAAAUUUAGAAAAUCUUAUAUUUCCAUUUUGUUUUUCAUGUCACCGAUUGAGUCAUUUGACGUCUUUGUCAUUUUGUUCUUUUAUGAAUUUUAACUUAAAGUGGUGGGUAACUUAGCAAGAUAGUAGAAUGUGCCAUUUAGUUGAUUUUAAAAAGUUUAUAUUAUUAUAAAUAUAUUUUCCGUAUACCUACCCACGUUUAAAGUAGGAAUGUACAUUAAACGAACUUUUGAUUGUUGAUGAAACUUACACGUAAGUGUAUGAAAGUUAAAUAAAAUUACAUGCAUUCCAUAGUGUACUUUUAGAUUGAAUAAAUAUAAUUGUAUGUGUUACAAGUUACUUACCUACUAAUCAAUAAGAUUAAGUGCCAAUUUCGCCAUAGUGGGUUAGAUAGAGCAUAACCAGGGAUUAUUGCUUGACUUUUGACACAUCUGUCAAGAAUUUAAUUUGGAGAUGACGUUAUAAUUGAUCAACCUUUACCUAGUUACGAUCUAACCGACUGUGGAGAAAUUAGAGCUAAUAAUCAUAAAUGUUAAUCUCUAUAUCUUCUGUUUUAAUUAAAUCAAAACAACUAGUAAUGUUUAUUUAAAUGUGUUUCAAAAACAAUAUAAAUUAUGUGAACAAUUUCAAACUGAUUUUUUUAUAGGUAAUCAACUAAUUUCAUAUAAAUCUAGUCAAGCCUGAUUGUACAUUCAUUCUGAAUGAAGUAAACAUAAUCACAAUAGGUACAUUUGUCAAUAAAAUAGUCGUACUGUGAA